GCCCCGGCCCCGGCCCCGCCGAAUGCAUGAGGUUGAUGCUCCUCUGCUGCACCUGGAGGGAAGAACGUAUGGGAGAGGAGGAAGGAAGUGACCUGCCCGUGUGUUCAAGCUGUGGCCAGAGCAUCUAUGACGGGCAGUACCUCCAGGCCCUGAAUGCUGACUGGCACUCGGACUGCUUCAGGUGCUGCGAGUGCGGCGCCUCCCUCUCCCACCAGUACUAUGAAAAGGACGGGCAGCUGUACUGUAAGAAGGACUACUGGGCCCGCUACGGAGAAUCCUGCCAUGGCUGCUCCGAGCAGAUCACCAAAGGGCUGGUCAUGGUGGCAGGGGACCAGAAGUACCAUCCGGAAUGCUUCAUCUGCCUCACAUGUGGGGCAUUCAUUGGGGACGGGGACACCUAUGCCCUGGUGGAACGAUCCAAGCUCUACUGCGGACAUUGCUAUUACCAAAUGGUAGUGACUCCGGUCAUCGAGCAGAUCCUGCCUGACUCACCGGGGUCCCGCCUCCCGCAUACGGUCACCUUGGUGUCCAUCCCAGCCUCCGCUGAUGGCAAACGAGGGCUCUCUGUGUCCAUCGACCCCCCCUAUGGCCAGCAUGGCGGCGGCUCUGAGCACUCCCAUACUGUUCGCGUUCGGGGAGUGGACCCAGAUUGUAUCAGCCCAGACGUGAAGAACUCCAUCCACAUUGGAGACAGAAUCCUAGAAAUCAAUGGUACUCCCAUCCGGAACGUCCCUUUGGAUGAGAUCGACCUGCUGAUCCAAGAGACCAGCCGCCUUCUCCAGUUGACCAUUGAGCAUGACCCCCAUGACGUCCUGGCUCAUGGCACGGCUCCAGAGGCCAGCCCUCUGGCAGAUCUGCGAAGCCCACUGUGUUCCCCAGCCAGAACACCCACCACAGAAGCGGGGGGGCCCGUCCGGCAGAGACCUGUCCUGAGAAGCUGCAGCAUCGACAAGUCACCCUGUGGCAGCUCCCUGAGUUCCCCAGCCUCCCAGCGGAAGGACCUGGGCCGUUCUGAGUCCCUUCGAAUUGUCUCCCGCACCCACCGCAUCUUCCGGCCCUCUGACCUCAUUCAUGGGGAAGUGCUGGGGAAGGGCUGUUUCGGACAAGCCAUCAAGGUGACUCACCGGGAGACCGGCGAGGUGAUGGUGAUGAAGGAGCUCAUCCGAUUCGAUGAGGAGACGCAGAGGACGUUUCUCAAAGAGGUGAAGGUCAUGCGGUGUCUGGAGCACCCCAACGUGCUCAAGUUCAUCGGCGUGCUCUACAAGGACAAGCGGCUGAACUUCAUCACCGAGUACAUCAAGGGCGGCACCCUGCGGGGCAUCAUCAAGAGCAUGGACAGCCAGUACCCGUGGAGCCAGCGGGUCAGCUUUGCCAAGGACAUCGCCUCUGGAAUGGCCUAUCUGCACUCCAUGAACAUCAUCCACAGAGACCUGAAUUCCCACAACUGCCUGGUGCGAGAGAACAAAAACGUGGUCGUGGCCGACUUCGGGCUGGCGCGGCUCAUGGUGGACGAGAAGAGCCAGCCCGACCAGCUGCAGAGCCUGAAGAAGCCCGACCGGAAGAAGCGCUAUACCGUGGUGGGGAACCCCUACUGGAUGGCGCCCGAGAUGAUCAAUGGGCACAGCUAUGACGAGAAGGUGGACGUCUUUUCCUUUGGCAUUGUCCUCUGCGAGAUCAUCGGCCGCGUGAACGCCGACCCCGACUACCUUCCCCGCACGAUGGACUUUGGUCUCAACGUCCGAGGCUUCCUGGAUCGGUACUGCCCCCCCAACUGCCCGCCGAGCUUCUUCCCCAUCACCGUGCGCUGCUGUGACCUCGACCCCGAGAAGAGGCCGUCUUUUGUGAAGCUGGAGCAGUGGCUCGAGACCCUCCGCAUGCACCUGGACAUCCCUCCCCUGGGGCCACAGCUGGAACAGCUGGAGAAAGGGUUCUGGGAGACGCACCGGCGGGGCGAGAGCGGGCUGCCCAUGCACCCGGAGGUCCCCGACUGAGCCGCCCGCACGGCCCUCGCCCUCCUGGCCCCUCCGGCGCGGGAGUCCCCGUGUCAGACGGCAUCAGCAUCCGCUAACACCGACAGCAGAGC